CCUGCGGAGGAACAUGAAAUGUUUCUGUAGGACCACCAGUGUUCAAAGCUACUGCAAGUCUUUUCAAGCUGGCUACACUUCUCUUCUCCUGUCUGGAAACACCUCUGCAGAAUAGCUCACCAACCAGCCCAUGUAAAGGAUGAUAGGAGACAAGCUGUUAUUGCCCAUAGUGCUGGUGUCUGUGCUGAGUUUACUGACACUACAGACAUCGUAUGGACAGCAUCUGACAGAGGAGUCCUGCACUGUUCAGAUCCUUGUCCCUGGACUCAAAGGAGAACCAGGGGAGAAAGGACUAAAAGGAGCACCGGGGCGCCCGGGAAGAGUCGGUCCUCCUGGAGAGAUGGGUCAAACUGGGCUUAAAGGUCAGAAAGGCAUAAUGGGACGUUAUGGAAAAGUGGGUCAGAGUGGAAUGAAAGGGGUAAAGGGAGACAUGGGGGAUCCAGGUCCAAGGGGCCCUAAUGGAGACCCAGGUGUUUCCUGUGAGUGCACACCCAUGAGGAAGAUGAUCGGAGAGAUGGACAUUCUCGUGGCGCAGCUUUCGUCUGAACUGAAAUUCAUUAAGAAUGCACUGCCCUCCCCCGCAGCUGUUGCUGGCAUAAAAGAGACAGACAGUAAGGUCUAUCUGUUGGUGAAGGAGGAGAAGCGCUACUCGGAUGCUGAGGCCUACUGUCAGACGAGGGGAGGGCACCUGGCCAUGCCCAAGGAUGAGGGAGCCAACGCAGCCAUCGCAGGGUACAUAACGGAAGCGGGCAUGAACAGAGUCUACAUUGGGAUUAACGACCUGCAACAUGAGGGUGUUUUCACCUACGUGGAUCUCUCGCCCAUGACCACUUUCAGCAAAUGGAGGAAGGGGGAGCCCAACAACGCCUAUGAUGAUGAGGACUGUGCUGAGAUGGUGGCCUCUGGGGAAUGGACUGAUGUGGCCUGCCACCCCACCAUGUAUUUUGUUUGUGAAUUUGACAAGGACAGUGUCUGAGUUCAGUCUGCCUAUAGAGUGGGUAAAUAUGAUGGGUUUGUGCUUCUAUCUGUAAAUAAGGUGACAAAAUGACAAGCAAGUUGUGCAAACUGGUAUAUUUUCUACUUUCUUUUUACUUCUCCUCAUAAGCCCAUGAGCUAUUUAUUUUCUUAACUCACCAAACAGAGUUCUUGUUCUUUUGUGAUACUUACUUUAGGUACACAGUUAAUCUCAUACUCUGUGAUUCAUUAGUGUUUCAAACAGCAUGCCAGGCAAUGCAUUGUGUUUCUAUGUUAUGCAAACUAUCCACGAAGCAACAUUUGUAACAGGGCUAUCAACAAAUGAGACAAAUAAGAAAAUGUAGAGGGCUGUAGAUUGUGCAUAAAAUAUGAAAUGAAAGAAAGAUUUGGUUUCCAGUUGUUUGCUUUAAUCAGAGAAAUGGGAUACGAUAAGCAUUUCAUAUCCAUGUUCACAUGAUAAGUUAUGUGGCGGUUGUUGUAAAAUAAAACUCACUGAUGAUUUAAAAGAUAAA